AUGCUGCAUUUGAUCACUAAUGAAGGAGAAAAUGCUGUACACAGAUCUGCGAUGGGAGGCAAUGUCAAAAUUUUACUUGCACUUGAAGAGCAAAAAUGUCAAGUAUUCAAGACCAAUGGGGAUAAAAUGACUAUUCUUCACAUAGCAUGUGCUUGUGCUCAGUAUGAAAUGUGCCAGCACAUUUUAUCAAUGUGUCCCGAUAUGCUGAACAUGGUUGACAGAAAUGGAAAGAAUGCUUUACAUUUUGCAGCUCAAGGAGGAGAUAUAAAAAUUCUACAAAUCCUUAUAGAAAUGGGAUUAUCAUCAUCACAUUCCACACCCAGCAAGUUCUCAAUACUCCACUUAGCAUGUUCUAGUGCAAGGUUUGAGAUUUGUCAAUAUAUUUUAGCAGAGUAUCCAGACUUGUUGGAUAGAAAGACUUGUCAAGGUUGGAAUGCAGCUCAUUAUGCAGCUUUAGGAGGAAAUGUGAAAAUAUUACGCCUGCUUAAAAAAAAGGGAAUUCAAGCUGAUGAGAUAACCAAUGCAGAAGAGAAUAUUUUUACUAUUGCCUGUUCCAAAGCCCGACUUGAAAUGUGUAAAUAUAUAUUAUCAGAGUAUCCAGACAUGCUUUAUUUAGUUGACAUGUGCAGCCAUAACGCUGCACAUUGUUCUGCAAUGGGAGGAAAUGUCAAAAUUCUUAAAAUUCUUAUAGAAAAGGGAUUUCCUGCUCAUCUUACUGCCAUACACGAAUUAACUAUACUCCAUAUAGCAUGUGCCAACGGUCACAGUGAGAUGUGUCAAUAUAUUGUAGCAAAGUUUCCAGACAUUGUGCGUCUGAUCAAUGAGGAUGGAUGGAAUGCUGCACAUUUUGCCGCAGCUGGAGGAAAUGUAAACACUCUACAGAUACUCAUUGAAAAUGGAGUGCCAACAAAUCGUGUGACUCAUUGUGGGAAAGAUAUACUGGAUAUUGCAUGUUUAUGUGCGAACUACGAAAUGUGUAAAUUCAUUCUUUCGGAAUAUCCUUGUAUGUUGUACAAGAUUUAUGAUAUCCGGAGAGAUCUUUUAUUUUAUGCAGCCCGAGGAGGAAAUUCUCGGGUCAACCUCGCUUGGGACUAA